AUGACCGACGUUGUAAAACAAGAGCCGGCUCCGAUGGACCGUCUGGCUCUCAAAAGAACUUUAAAUGAUGAUGUCGAAGAUCAUGACGAUCUAAAGAAAUCCGAGAGCACCAAGCGGCCGGUGAUUGUUCCCGGUUGCAAACCAGAUCUGCGAUACCCGCUCUUGAAAACAGGACUGUGUUACGAUGUUCGUAUGCGUUAUCACGCUAAAAUCUUCACAUCAUAUUUCGAAUAUAUCGACCCACAUCCAGAAGAUCCCAGACGUAUUUACAGAGUCUACAAAAUUCUGGUGGAAAACGGAUUGGUGUACGAUCCUACGCUGAGCGGAAUCGAUAACAUCGGAGACUUUAUGUUGAAAAUACCAGUGCGCGAGGCAACAGAGUCCGAAAUUCUGCAAGUGCACACCAAAGAGCAUUUGGAUUUUCUGUCACGAACGCCGCAAAUGACCAGGGACCAGCUCAUGAAAGAAACAGAAAAGGGAGACUCUGUGUAUUUCAAUAACGACUCGUUCAUGAGCGCCAAAUUGUCAUGCGGAGGUGCAAUCGAAGCUUGCAAAGCCGUCGUGGAGGGACGUGUAAAAAAUGCAUUGGCCGUAGUGAGGCCUCCGGGACAUCAUGCAGAGCCUGAAAUGGCAGGUGGAUUCUGUCUGUUUAGCAACGUGGCCGUCGCUGCUCAAAAUAUGCUAAAAAGCUACCCAGAAAGUGUUCGAAAAAUACUGGUCAUAGACUGGGACGUUCAUCACGGAAAUGGAACGCAAAAGACCUUUUACGGUGACGAUAGAGUGCUAUACAUUUCCAUUCAUAGACAGGAGCUCGGAAAAUACUACCCGGGAACAUUGCAUGGUAAUUCUGACAGAGUUGGCGACGGGAAAGGCGAAGGUUUCAACUGUAAUAUACCGUGGCCCUGUGGCGCUUUUGGGGAUGCCGACUAUAUGUGGGCAUUUGAGCAGGUUAUCAUGCCCAUGAGCCGUGAAUUCCAGCCCGAUCUAGUAAUUAUAUCGUCCGGUUUCGACGCUGCCGAUGGUGACACAAUUGGCCAAUGUCACGUAACACCAAGCUGUUAUGGACAAAUGACGCACAUGCUCAAAUCUCUUGCUAGAGGUAAUCUUUGUGUUGUGCUCGAAGGUGGGUAUAGCUUGGAUUCCAUCGCUAAGAGUGCAUUGGCAGUUGCCAAAGUCUUGAUUGGCGAGCCUCCUGACGAGCUGCCUGAAGUUAAACAACCCAGACCUGAAGCACUUGAGGUUAUUGAUUCCGUUAUAAGAAUCCAGUCAAAGUACUGGAAAUGCUUUAAGGGAACACAUGCAAAUGACGGGUGCUCAUUCCAAGAAAAGGUCACCGAAACGAUUAUCAACAAAAAUUUCCCGCUUCAAAGAGCAAUUCGUCAGCAGCAAAUUCAGCUCCUCAAGAACGAGUAUAGCUUUGCCACUUUGCCACUAACUAACCUGGGGCUGCCAGAGGACACAGCCAUGUUAUCUCCUAACAUUUAUGAUGCACACGCAAUUUUGGUGUGUGUACAUGAUACCCCGGAAAUAUGGGCUCAACGCAGCCGUCUCACAGGUAACAUCGAUCCCUCAACUUCAAUAAUCGUGGACACCACAGUUGAUGUGAUAAAAUGGGGCAUAGAGAGGAAGUAUGGGAUAAUGGACAUUAAUAUACCUCAAUCUCUACAGGAGCAAGAUAACUACUCUGCCGUUACAACAGCUCAAGAACUGCUCGUCUUUAUUUGGGACAAUUACUUGAAGUUCUUUCCAGCGCUCGAUAAAGUAGCCUUCAUUGGAAUUGGAGACGCCUACAGUGGCGCUGUUCAUCUUCUGGGACAUAGAGACACUAGGAACAUUGUGAAAUGUGCUAUUUCAUUCAUUGAUCGGAAACCCUUGAGGCCCUUGAUACCUUUAGUGGAUGAGACUCUGGCGGAUUGGUAUUACAAAAACUCUUUGGUUUUUGCAAGCAAUGAGAAUGCGUGCUGGGGAAGUGAUGGCAACGAUAGUAAAAAGCCUAGAAAGAAGUUUGGGCGGGUGCUGAGAUGCGACUCUGAUGGUCUUAAUAAAAAUUUUGAAGAAAGAUUUGAUGAGGCGACAGAUUUCAUUCUGGACGCUUUUGAAGAAUGGAGCGACAGUGACUAG